AUGCGGGCAACAAUGAUCAAUGAUUGCCAAGCCGCAGGCGAGCCCAUUGCUAUUGUGGGAAGUUCUUGUAGAUUCCCUGGCGGUGCUACAAGCCCAUCAAAGCUUUGGGACUUGCUCAAAGACCCUCGGGAUGUUUUGACAGAGAUCCCAGACAGUCGAUUUAACGCCAAUGCCUUCUAUCAUCCAGAUGGAACUCACCACGGAACAAGCAAUGUAUGCCACUCUUACAUUCUAUCUGAAGACCAUCGACUUUUCGAUGCCCAAUUCUUCGGAACCAAGCCAGUGGAAGCGAAUUCCAUUGAUCCCCAACAGCGAUUGCUUCUUGAAACAGUAUACGAGAGUUUGGAGUCAGCGGGGAUACCCAUGGAGACGCUACAAGGGUCCGAUACUGGUGUUUACGUCGGACUUAUGACAAACGACUACGCUGACCUCUUGGGUCGCGAUGUUCAAAACAUGCCCACAUAUUUUGCGUCAGGAACGGCGCGAAGUAUUUUAUCCAAUCGAGUCUCAUACUUCUUCAAUUGGCAUGGGCCAUCAAUGACAAUUGACACGGCUUGCUCUUCCAGUUUAGUUGCAGUCCAUCAAGGUGUGCAAAGCUUGCGUACCGGCGAGAGCAAGCUGGCAGUCGUAGCAGGAACAAAUCUUCUUCUUGGACCAGAGCAGUAUAUUGCCGAGAGCAAACUGAAAAUGCUUUCUCCUACAGGGCGCUCACGCAUGUGGGAUAAGGAUGCGGAUGGUUAUGCGAGAGGUGAUGGAGUCGCGGUUGCUAUUCUUAAACCACUGAGUGCUGCGAUGGCCGACGGUGACCACAUUGAGUGCAUCAUCCGGGAAACGGGAAUAAACCAAGAUGGACGGACCAAAGGAAUUACAAUGCCCAAUCCAGUCGCUCAGGCAGAUUUGAUUAGAAAGACCUAUGCCAGAGCGGGGCUUGACUUGACAAAGGCUAGCGACCGGCCGCAAUAUUUUGAGGCCCACGGAACAGCUAACAAGAUCAAAGGAACGCCCGCUGGAGAUCCGGUUGAGGCGGAAGCAAUAAGCACAGCUUUCUUCGGAAAACAAGCGAAUUAUCACCGAAAAUCAGAUGAGGAGGACCCAUUGUACGUUGGCUCCAUCAAAACUGUCAUUGGUCACACCGAAGGCACAGCUGGCCUAGCGGCGGUCCUGAAAGCUUCAUUAGCUUUGCAGCAUGGUGUUGUGCCUCCAAAUUUGCUGCUGAACAAGUUAAAUCCUACUGUGAGACCGUUCUAUAACGACCUUCGGAUCUUGAAUCAAGCGAGAGAAUGGCCAAAUGUCCCCAGCCAGACGACCCGCCGUGCUAGUGUCAAUAGCUUUGGAUUUGGCGGCGCGAAUGCGCAUGCGAUUUUGGAAUCAUACGAGACCGAAAUGUAUAACGCGCUAGAACCUGAAUCAAUUGAACUUCCAUUAACGCCAUUCAACUUCUCAGCAUCUUCUGAAAGGUCGCUUGCAGCAACACUUGAUCUUUACUCGGACUAUAUUGAACAACACCCCGAAUUAAACCUACGCGAUCUUUCAUGGACUUUGAACUGUCGCAGAUCCACGCUCCCCAUUCGGACAUCUAUUGCUGCUUCUAGUUCAACUGAUCUUGUUGCUAAGUUGAAGAGUGCAUCCAAGGCCCCUUCUGAAUUCACGCUAGCAUCGAAGUCCCCAAAUUCCAACCAUCCGAAGCUUCUUGGGAUCUUUACUGGCCAAGGGGCUCAGUGGGCUCGUAUGGGAGCAGAGAUGUUAACUGGGUCAUCGCUAGCCAGUGAUUGCAUUACCCGACUUGAUUCUGCUCUACAAGCCCUUCCACAGGAGCAUCGACCACAGUGGCUAUUGAGGGACGAAAUCCUCAAAGAUGUCUCUUCUUCACGUAUUGGACAGGCUUUAUUUUCCCAGACUCUUUGCACGGCCAUCCAGAUAAUGUUUGUGGACCUCCUCUAUGCUGCAGGUAUUCUGUUCGCAGCUGUAGUUGGACACUCAUCAGGAGAAAUUUCUGCCGCAUAUGCUGCUGGGUAUUUGAGUGCAGAGGACGCCAUAAAAGUUGCCUACUAUCGCGGAUGGUCCUUGCAGUAUUCGAGGGACUCUACAGGGAUUAAGGGUGCAAUGAUGGCAGCGGGGACAUCCUUUGAAGACGCUCAGGAACUUUGCGAAUCCCCAACUCUUGAAGGCCGAGUCUGCGUUGCGGCAAGUAACUCAUCUGCUAGCGUGACCCUUUCAGGUAAUGCCGAUGCGAUAGAAGAGAUGAGAGAGAUCUUUGAGGAUGAGAAGAAAUUUGCACGUUUGCUCAAAGUUGACAAGGCUUAUCACUCCCAUCACAUGCUACCAUGCGCUGCCUCCUACAUCGAAGCUUUGCAGAGGUGUAAAAUCAAAAUAUUGAAUCGUGUCAAUGCUUGCACUACUUGGAUUUCAAGUGUCUACGGCAAAGAUAUCGACAAUGUCAAUGACAGCCUUUCAGACACGUAUUGGAGCAACAAUAUGAUCAAUCCCGUUCUUUUUUCCCAGGCCGUCAGCUUUGCCGUUGCUGCACUGGGCCCUUUCAACAUGGCCCUAGAGGUAGGUCCUCAUCCAGCACUCAAAGGGCCAGCCUCGCAGACAAUUCAAGAAGUAUCUGGAAGUGAGAUUCCCUACUCGGGUACUUGCAGUCGUGGAAAAGACAGUCUUCAAAUGUUUUCAUCUGCGCUUGGAGCUUUGUGGACAUUCCUUGGCGAGGGGGUUGUUGACUUCGCAGCAUUGGACCAAAAAGUACUUCCCAAGGGGAGACCAAGACGAUUAAUCAAGGGCCUGCCCGUAUACGCAUGGGAUCAUGAUCGUAUAUAUUGGCACGAGUCGCGUCUUUCAUCAGAGUAUCGUGCAGGCAAUGGAAAAUUCCAUCAUCUUUUGGGUGUCAAAUGCCCGGACGGCACACAGAAAGAGAUCCGCUGGCGAAACUUUUUGCAUACUCGUGAGAUACCCUGGCUUCAUCAUCACCAAGUUCAAGGUCAAAUUGUUUUCCCAGCCGCGGGAUACAUUUCAGCAGCACUGGAGAUUGUUGUCGAAAGGUUUGGUCUUGAUUCCAUCAAACUGGUCAAUUUCCAGAAUUUCAUUAUUGGGCAGGCCUUGGUCCUGGAGGAGAACACCGGUGUUGAAGUGAUUUAUACACUCACUAUCUCCGAUAUCUCGAACACCAGGAUGGCGGCCUCUUUCAACUGUUACUCAGAUGCGAACAAGGGCACUUCUGGAAUGUCUCUCCAUGCUUCAACCCAGAUUCAAGUUGAGCUGGGUGAUCUCGAUCAUGAAGACCUUCCUCUAGGCAGUGGACCCCGAGACUCAUUUUUGGAGGUUGAAACUGACAGGUUCUAUGAUUUUGUUUCUCAGCUUGGAUUUGGGUACACAGGUCCGUUCAGAGCGCUUUUUAGUCUGGAAAGGAAGAUGGAUGAAGCGACAGGCACAAUAGCCGUCCCAGUUCUGGAUGAUGAGAACAGUUACCUCCUUGCGCACCCCGGAUCACUGGAUGCUGCUAUACAAGCAAUCAUGUUAGCGUACUCUUUCCCAGGUGAUGGUCGCCUCCGCACUCUCUACCUGCCAACAAGGAUUGACAGCAUUCGGAUCAACCCAGGCACCUGCAAGAAACUCGCGCGGCCCGGUUCACAACUUCCAUUUUAUUCCUCUGUUGGCAAGACUAGGUUUUCCGAGCUCUCUGGAGAUGUGGACAUAUAUUCCUCAGAUGGCAAAUACACAAUGAUUCAGUUACAAGGUCUUCAUACAACACCCCUGACUCCACUGUCAGCUGCGACCGACAUUCCCAUGUUCACUGAGAUCCAAUGGGCCCCAGAACAGCCAGCUGCAUGCGACUUCAAACCAGAUCAGUCAACGGCAGACGAUUUAUUCCUCUCUCUCGAUAUCGAGCGCGUUGCCCACUUUUACCUGAAGACCUUGAGUCAGUCAAUUGACUCCUCUGCGAUAUCCGAGGCAGUUUCGUAUCAUGGCCAUCUACUCUCAUACGCCAGUCAUUGCGCUUCGCUUGUGAAGUCUGGAAACCAUACUUAUGAUGACUCAGAUUGGAGCAUGGACACCACUUUGCAAAUUUCGGAAAUUAUCAACAGAUACCCCGAGAGUAUCGACAUGAAAGUCAUGCGCAUUGUUGGAGAAAAUCUUACCUCUGUCAUCAGGGGCGAGGAAAGUUUGCUUGAUUUUCUCAUGAAAGAUAAUCUUCUAAGCCAGUUCUAUACUCAAACGAUGGGGAUUCAAUCGUCCCUAAAGCACGCGUCUGAGAUUGCCUCUCAAAUCAGCCAUCGUUUCCCACACAUCAACGUUUUGGAAAUUGGCGCUGGCGCUGGCGAGACAACGAAGUAUAUCCUAGAUGGAAUGCAGAAAGCCUUUGCCUCCUAUACAUUCACGGACUUCCGGGACUCCCAAUUUGACCAAGCGCAGGAGGAAUUCCAAAACCAGUCCAAGAUGCUUUACAAAUUGCUUGAUAUUGAGCAAGACUUCAAUAAGCAAGGAUUUGUAGAAGAAUCUUUUGAUCUUGUCGUCGCUUCACUUGCGCUUUAUGCGACCGAGAAUCUUGAAAGUACAUUGGCCAAGGUCCGUCGCUUGAUCAGACCGGGCGGCUAUCUGAUGCUGCUAGAAGUGACAAAUCCAUCCAUGAUGCGAUUUGGUCUUGUUCUUGGGGGCCUUCCAACAUGGUGGAUGGGCUACUCGGAAGGUCGAACUUUAUCCCCGUGUGUUUCAACUUCCGAAUGGGACCGCAUAAUGGCCAAGACUGGAUUUUCUGGCAAUGAAUUGCCUGUUUCAAGAAAUGACAGCUUUACUAAUCCGUUUUCUGUUAUGCUAACACAGGCUGUUGAUAAGCGAGUAAGCUUUUUACGUGACCCUCUCGCACUCACACAUGAGACCCUGGGUGCUGAAACUUUAACGAUCGUCGGGGGGAACAGCUCUUUCACAACUUCGCUUGUUCUGAAUGUGAAGGAAGCAGUUCAUCGUCACUAUGGGAAGAUCAGGCUCUUCACCUCGUUUGCCGAUAUACCGCUGGGAGACGUCCCUGUUCUUGGCUCUGUGCUCUGUGUGUCUGAACUAGACGAAUCAGUACUAGUUUCAAUGACCCCGCACAAAAUGAAGGCAUUCAAGGAGCUUUUCCAACAAAGCAAAAACAUUUUGUGGGUGGGCUGGGGCGCACAAGGAGAGAACCCAUUCGGUAAUAUGUUCACUGGUGUCCAACGAACACUGCAUGUCGAGAUGCCCCACUUACGUGUUCAAUUCAUGAACCUCCACUCACCUGAAGAGGGAAAACCGGAAUUUAUUGCCCAGAAAAUUUUACAACUCGAGGCCUCCGGUCUGUGGGAGCAGAAGGGCCAACUUCAGGAUAUGCUAUGGUAUACCGAACCGGAGAUUACACUACAGGACGGAAGAUUCUUGAUUCCUCGGAUCAAGUUUCAUUCUGUGAGAAACGAUCGAUACAAUUCAUCCAAGAGGCUCAUUAUCAAAAAAGCCGACCGGGAUUCCAUAGUGACUAUACGAAAGCCUGACAGCUACUAUCAUGUCCAGGAGGGAGAGUUCCGGAGGCGCGCAGGUGUUACAGGGGAGGUGGAUGUUGAUGUCCGGCAUUCACUCCUGCAACCUAUUAAGGCCCACAAUGAAGAUUGGUUGUUCCUUGUGGCAGGAAAAAUGCACAAUACGAACUGCGAAGUUAUUACUCUUUCCCGAGCCUUAGACUCCAGGAUCAGUGUACCUGAAUCUUGGAUAAUCCGAUGUGGAGAGUCCGAAAAUGAAUCAUCUCAAUCAAUGCUUGGCCUGUACAACAUUCUCCUCGGGCAUGCAAUUUUUGACAACGUCUUACCUGGCUGUAGCGUUCUCAUAUUGGAACCAGACUUCUCGGUAGCCGCAUCUCUAACACGGUAUGCCAGCCGGAGAGGCAUUCAAAUCGUUCUGGUCACUUCGAAGAACAAGCUUUGUUCACUUCCCUGGAUCUACAUUCACCGAAACUCAACACGCCGUGACAUAGUCAAUAAAAUCCCUCUGAACACAGUUCGCGCAUUGAACAUUGGCGCGAAUGAUCACAUCCUGUCGAUUGUUCGGGAGAGCCUGCCUGCUCAUUGCAAGUUCCAAGUCGAGAUCGAUAUUAUGCUUCCAGGUCUUCAGAAUUCCUCUAACAUUGACGUUCAUGAAGAUUGCGUGGCUAUGGCUCUGAAGUCUACAUGGGCAAAAUUUCAAGCUGAAACCUGGCUGGUGAAUAUGAACAGAAUCCAGACCCUCAGCCUCCGGGACCUCAUGGAAACCCAGCUGCAGCCAGGCCAGCAAGCGCUCAUUGAAUGGGAGGCCGACCUUCCUCAGCAGGUCUUCCCGGCAACUAAAGUGGUCAAAUUCUCCAAGAACAAGACGUAUUGGCUUAUCGGACUUACAGGCGGUCUUGGCCUCUCUUUGUGUCAAUGGAUGGCUGAACAAGGUGCUUGCUACAUUGCCUUAUCCAGUCGCAACCCCAAGGUCGAUGAGAAAUGCAUACUCGACAUGGCUUCAAAGGGAUGUACCAUCCGCGUUUUUGCAAAUGAUAUCACCGACCGUGACUCCGUCAAAAAUACUUACAAUCAGAUAACUUCAAUCAUGCCAGCAAUUGCUGGUGUUGCGCAAGGAGCAAUGGUCCUUCAAGACACCAUGUUCCAAGACCUUGACAUUCCCCGGCUCGAAAAGGUCUUGAAGCCCAAGGUCCAAGGUAGUAUUUUGCUUGAUGAGCUCUUUUCAGAAAACACACUGGACUUCAUGAUAUUCUUCUCAUCCAUGGCAGCCAUCACAGGAAAUCCAGGCCAAAUAGCAUAUAACGCCGCCAACAUGUUCAUGGCCAGUCUGGCAGCCAAUCGCCGCAGUCGAGGUCUAGCCGGGUAUGCGAUCAACAUUGGUGCCAUUAUUGGAAAUGGCUACGUCACUCGAGAGCUGAAUAUGGAUCAACAAUCUUAUCUUUACCGUGUUGGCCAUACGUUGAUAUCCGAGCAGGACUUCCGAGAAGUCUUUGCUGAAGGUAUUUUCUCAUGUAGGGAAAGAACAGGGAGCGCUCAACUCUGCAGUUCACUCAGAAUCGAUGAUGAUGAGUCGAAGAACUGGGUAGCAAAUCCAAUGUUCCAACAUUUGAUCACUAAAUCCGAUUCUUUGAUCACUUCUGACAAGAAGAGCAAGGCGGGUGCCAUGGUCAAGGUCCGCCUUCUUGAAGCAACUUCGAAGGAGGAGACUCUGGAAAUCCUCAUCGACGUUUUUGUUCCUAAACUCAGAUCAGCACUUCAGAUUGAUGCCGACAAGCCUAUACUCCAUUUGAGUCCGAAUGAGCUUGGAUUAGACUCGUUGAAUGCCGUCGAUAUUCGAUCCUGGUUCUUGAAAGAAAUUGGCGUGGACAUGCCUGUUCUGAAGAUUUUCAAUGCCGCAUCAAUCCAAGAUCUUCUUGAAUCCUCGAUAACCCUUAUUCCCGAGGCACUGGUUCCAAACCUGAGCGGAGACAAUGCGGAUACCACACCAACAGACCUUCCGAGCACAGCAUAUUCUCCACCUCAAACAUCCCCACAAGAGCCAGACACUCCACGAUUUUCAUCCAGGUCAGAUUCCAGUCAAGAGAGUAAAACCUUCAAUUUGGAAUAUCUUGCUAGUCAUGGAAGUGCUAGUGGAAGCUCCGCCGCAUUGCUCAACACAGGCGACUCCAGCUCGGAGCAAAACGACGAUACGUCCUCUGCCAGCUCUCUCGAUGAUGUGAUGGAAAUGAAGUCGGAGGGAUACCGAGAUAUUCAAAGAACAGUCCCCAUGUCAUACGGCCAGUCUCGGUUCUACUUUCUUAAAUCAUUUAUUGAAGAAAAGACUGCAUUUAAUGUCACCCCAGUCUUUGAGCUCACAGGCAAACUCCGAGUUGAGGACUUUGCACGAGCAGUGGAAACGGUCGCCCAUCGACAUGAAGCCCUGAGGACGUUUUACUUUACCGGAGAAGACAAGCAGCCGAUGCAGAGUGUUUUAUCGGAAUCCUUGGUGCGAUUGGAGCGUAUCUUGAUUACAGAUAUCGCCGACGUCGACGCUGCUAAAGAGCGAAUGAAAUCCCAUGUGUUUGAUGUUGCUGAAGGUGACGUUCUGCGCAUUCAACUUCUGUCUUUACGGCCUGAUAAGCACUGGCUCAUCGUCGGAUUCGACCACAUCAACAUGGACGGCAUUAGUUUCGAGGUUUUCUGGUCCGACUUGGAGCAAGCAUACAAUGGAGCGACACUUUCUCAGCAUGUGCUCCAAUAUCCAGACUAUGCUUUAAGACAGCAACGUGAGUACGAGGAUGGCGCUUGGGAAGGGAGCCUCAAAUACUGGCGACAAGAAUUUAAAGAGAUUCCUCCGGUCGCACCAUUACUAUCCUUCUCCCGCCAGCCAAUUCGCCCCAGCAACUCGGCCUUCGGAUCACACGAAGCCCAUAUGCGUCUUGAUAAAGAAAUCUCCGACGAUAUUAAGAAGUGUGCGUCAAUGUUCAAGGUCACCCCAUACCAUUUCCACCUUGCGCUGUGGCAGAUCUUUAUUCUUCGCCUCUACAACGUGGACGAUAUGUGUAUUGGACUUGGAGAUGGCAAUCGCACCGAUCCUGAUGUUCAACAAAGUAUCGGGCUGUUCCUCAAUCUUGUUCCGAUUCGAUUCCGUCGCAAGGAUUCUGCUUCUUUCGGUGAGACUUUGAAGGAGACGAGACUCAAUUCCCAAAAUGCAUUUUCUAACGCACACGUGCCAUUGAGCGUUAUCCUUUCUGAAUUAAACGUUCCUCGAUCCACCUCCCAUAGUCCAUUAUUCCAGGUAUCAUUUAACUAUCGCCCGGGCAUUUCGGAUUCUCGAAGAUUCUGCGGAUGCACUGCGAAGGGAGCAUUGCUCACAGCGGGGGGUAUUUCCUAUGAUCUUCAUCUCGAUGUCGUGGAUGUCGGCGGUGGCGAAACAUCAGUUUACAUGCUUGUUCAGGAGUAUCUGUAUGAGAAAGAGCAUGCCGAUCUUCUUCUGCGUGGCUUCCACAGCCUCCUGAAGGCAUUCAUCCAGAACCCUGCCACGAAAAUAUCUUGGCCGCCUCUAUUCUCAUACGUUGAUAUUGAAAAUGCACUAUUUGCCGGUAGAGGUCUUGAGGCAAAGAAUCCGUGGCCCUCAACGAUAGUUCAGCGGAUAGAUGAGAUCUCCUCAUCGUAUUCCGACUGCGUGGCUCUCAGAGAUCCUGGCGUUGUCGAACUCACAUACUCGCAGCUAUCACGCCGAAUCAACCAGAUCGCAAAUCAGUUGCUCCACAGCGGCAUCACAUCAGGAGAUAUCGUUGGAGUCUUCCAGUCUCCCAGCAUAGACUGGGUUUGCUCGAUGAUGGCAGUCUGGCGCGUUGGUGCAGCCUACCUUCCACUGGACAAAAAGGUCGGCAUUGAUCGACUUGGAACUAUCGCGUCCACGACUUCGUUGUCCGCAAUUUUGGCCGACGUGUCUACUAUAACCGAUGCACACUUGCUCAAUGUUUCAGCUAAGAUUCUUGAGAUCUCUGGGUCUCUGGGAGAAAAUGACCAGUUUGUGAACAAUUUCGCCAUGCCCACUGAUACUGCCGUCAUAAUGUUUACAAGUGGUUCAACUGGAGUUCCCAAGGGUAUGAUGAUCAGUCAUGCAGAAUACUCAAAUCAAGUCUCAACUAUCAGCACAGAAUGGGGGAUUCGAGAAGGAGUAGAGACGAUAUUGCACCAAUCUUCAUACGCAUGGGAUAUGUCCAUCUGUCAGAUCUUGGUUGCGUUGAGCAACGGAAGUACUUUGGUAAUUGCCAAUGCCGAGCAGCGUCUUCAUCCCGGAUCCCUAACAUCUAUCAUUCAAUCUGAAAAUGUGACGACGACGCUCGCAACCCCCACAGAGUAUCUAUCUUGGUUUGCCCAUGGCCGCUCGCAAUUGAAAGGAUCCUCCUGGGCAAAAGCGAUCUCUGGAGGUGAGAUGGUGUCCAAGGGCUUGAUUCAGGAAUUUCAGUCCGUUGAUAGGCCAAGUCUAAAGCUCAUCAAUGCCUAUGGUCCAGCAGAAGCAACAUUCGCUUGCAGCUCUGCGGAGAUUCCUUAUGGGGAUAUUGAUCCGUUCUAUGCCGAUACCAUAAUUGGCCUUCGCACGUUGACAAACAACUCUGUGUACAUCGUGGAUGAAAGUCUCAACCCCCUCCCUCUUGGAUUCCCUGGUGAGGUCGUCAUCGGAGGUGCCGGUGUUGUAAGAGGGUAUCUUGAGUCCGCCAAGACAGCGGAAAGGUUCAUGAGCGACAAUCAUUCAAGUCCGUUUUUCCGGGAAAAGGGAUGGUCAAGAAUUCACCGAACCGGCGACCGCGCUCGCCUUACAAGGGAUGGUGGAUUAAUUCUCAUGGGUCGUAUCAGCGGUGAUACCGAGAUCAAGCUGAAUGGAAUCCGAAUGAAUGUUGAGGAAAUCGAAUCCGCCAUUGUUCAAGCUUCAAGGGAAAGGGUUCUUCAGGCCGUGGUUUCACCUCGCUCGUCCACCGAGGACGACAGUCGAAAAUUCAUCGUUGCCUUUGUUGUCAUUGCUGAUAGUGACACCAUUGAAAACCAAGGAGACUUCGUUGAACAGCUAGCCCGCGACUUAGACCUUCCACAAUACAUGCGGCCCGCCGCAAUUAUCCCGAUCGAUCGCAUCCCCCAAAAUAGCUCCGGCAAAGUUGAUCGGUUCGCUGUUAAUAAGCUGCCCAUUCCACAGAUCUCGAGUGGUGAUGCCAAAUCGCAAAAUCUGGCACCUCUCGAGCAAUGUCUACGCGAGCUUUGGCAAGAAACAUUCCCUCGCGAUCUUGCUUCCCGCCACAGCAUCCAACCGAAUUCAGACUACUUCCACACUGGUGGCGGCUCUCUCUCUCUUGUCAACUUACAGGCGCUACUGAAAGAGCGCCUCGGGGUUUCCGUAUCCUUGCCUCAGUUGUUCGAAUCGAGUACUCUUAAAGGCAUGGCCGCUCUAAUAAGCAAUUCUUCUGGAUCCGACGGCGCUGUUUCUAUCAACUGGGAUGAGGAGAUCGAAAACAUACUUACCUCUUCUCAGCAAGCAUCGGUCUACAUUGAUAGCAUUCGCAAACCCACUGGUCCAAGUGUCGUGGUCUUGACAGGUGCCACCGGCUUCAUCGGUAAAGAGAUUGUACGCCAUCUCUUAGAUGAUGAUACUAUUCAGGUCAUUCACUGUCUCGCAGUCCGGAAGCCGCAAGACCUUCUACCAAGCAUCUUCUCUCAUCCAAAAGUCCAUGUGCACAGUGGAGAUUUGGGCGCUCCUCUACUGGGCCUCUCGGAAGCCGAUGUAGCCUCCAUUUUCAGCCAAGCCGAUGUAGUAAUUCACAAUGGCGCUGAUGUUUCUUUCAUGAAAACGUAUCAAUCACUGAAGUUGAUAAAUGUCGCCUCCACAAAAGAACUCCUCAUGCUUUCAUUGCCACGAAAAGUCCCUUUCCAUUUCGUUUCAUCCGCGAGCGUCACACGUCUGGCCUCCCAAGAAAGCUUCGGCGAAACAUCUCUGGCCUCACACCCCCCUCCAACAAUUCCAAACGACGGGUACAUGGCAGCGAAAUGGGUUUGUGAAGUAUAUCUGGAACGAGCCAGCCAGCGCUUUGGUAUCCCCGUUUGGAUCCACCGACCAUCCAGUGUUCAAGGGAAAGAUGCCCCAGAGCUUGAUUUGAUCAGUAACAUCAUGGAGUAUUCUCAAAUAACCAAGACGAUUCCAGACACAAAAGCCUGGCCCGGUGGAUUCGAUAUGGUAACAGUGGAGUCUGUCGCAUCACAAAUCCGGGAUGCGGUGCGUUUGUCUGGCUCAUCCGAAGCUGGCCAGGGUGUCCAUUUUCUGUUCGAGUCUGGUGACCUUGAGUUGAAUCAUGAAGAGGUGCAAACCAUUAUGGAGUCUGGAACGGGGGAACAAUUCCAGACGGUGCCAGUUGCUGAGUGGGUGGAUCUGGCUGAGGAUGCAGGGAUGAGUUCGCUACUCGGGAUGUUCCUGAGAGAAGCGAAAGACGGCCAAGUCCUGCUGCCCAAAUUGAUAAAGAGUGGGAGUUAA